AUGACUUUGUUUCGGUUGACUCCCUUUUCCCGCUCUCUUCCUCAACCCCUCCCUCUGACGAACGGUUCGAUCGUCCCAUGGCUUCUUCUUGCGAUAUCCACGAUCUCCAUCUUCUCUGAUGUUGCUAUGGCUUCAGCGUCCUCCCAGUGUCUUGGCGUGGACCAGAGAUCGUUGUUGCUCGAGCUGAGAAACAGUCUCGUCUUCGACACCUUUGUCUCGUCCAAGCUAGUACACUGGGACCAAGGUGCCGAUUCAUGGAGUGGCGUGACGUGCGAGGACGGCCUCGUGGUCGGUCUUGAUUUGAGCAAAGAGUCAAUCUCUAGUGGAAUUGAUGAUUCGUCGAGCCUCUUCAGGCUCGAGUUCCUUCGGAGCCUGAACUUGGCAUUCAACGACUUCAAGUCCACGACGAUUCCAUCGAGCCUCGCAAAUCUCAGCCACUUGGCAUGUCUCAACUUGUCUUAUGCUGGAUUCACCGGGCAUAUUCCUGCGGAGCUAUCGCGCCUGACAAAGCUACGUACUCUUGAUCUCAGUUGGACUUGGCUGAACCUUAAGAAGCCCAAUUUAAGGUCUCUGAUUGGGGAUUUAGGGGAGUUAAGAGAGUUGUACCUUGAUGGGGUCAAUGUGUUUGGUGAGGGAAGUGAGUGGUGUGACGCGUUGUCUUCUUCAGUGCCAAAACUUGAGGUGUUGAGCAUGUCAUACUGUUCUUUGUCUGGUCCUAUCAAUGCUUCCCUUAUGAGUCUUGCUAAUUUGUCAGUCAUUCAACUCAAUGGCAACAACUUGUCCUCCAUAAUUCCUCAAUUCUUAGCAAAUUUCUCCAGCUUGAAAACUCUGAGCCUAUAUGAUUGUUUCCUACAAGGAGAAUUUCCUCAUGAAUUCUUCCAGUUGACGACAUUGCCUCAAUUUUUGGCUAAUCAAUCCGAAUUGUCCUCCCUCGACCUCUCCAACAACUCUAUUCAAGGAACUAUACCGAGAUGGAUAUGGACAUUUAGGCUUCUCAAUCUUUCCUCUAAUUUUUUUGAAGAUAUGGAAACACUCCUAGGAAAUUUUACUAGUGGUGUGGAAGUUGUCGACCUCCAUUCAAACAUGCUUCGAGGGAAAUUCCCACCCUUUUGGUCAUAUGCCUCCUACUUGGAUUUCUCAAAUAACAACUUCACCUCUGUUAUUCCAGAUAACAUCAGCAACACCCUACCAAACUUGAUAUGUAUUAUCCUCUCAAAGAAUAAUUUCCAUGGUUUCAUCCCGCCGUCUAUUUGCAAUGCUAGUGGUCUUAGAGUUCUCGACUUAUUGCAUAACCAUAUGAAUGGAACUAUUCCUGAUUGUUUAAUGGAGUUCCCCAAGGUAUUGAAUAUGAGGAAUAACCAGUUGAAUGGCGACAUUCCACAAAACAUCUCGGGACUAUGUAGUCUGACGACAUUAGAUAUCAGUGAGAAUAUGUUGCAAGGGCAUAUUCCGUUGUCAUUGGCAAGUUGCACGGCAUUGGAGUUUGUGAACAUUGGGGACAAUCAAAUAGACGGGACAUUUCCGUGCCAUUUCAUGUCUAUGUCACGUCUCCGUGUCCUUGUUUUACGAUCCAACAAAUUGUAUGGGGAAAUUGGAUGUCUUUAUAGUCACAACACUUGGCAAAUGCUUCAAAUCAUUGACUUGUCCUCAAACAACUUUGGUGGCACACUGCCUGUGAGUCUCCUUGCAUCUUUGGAGGCUAUGAAGGCUAAUAAGGACUUCAAUCAUCUACGGUAUCAGUUUCUUGAUGACUAUCAUGAUGAGCUUUAUUAUGAGGAUACGAUGAGUGCAACCUUGAAAGAUCUACGGCUAGAACUCGUUAAAAUCUGGACUACUUUCACAUUGAUCGACUUCUCGAGCAAUAGAUUUGAGGGUCCAAUACCCAAUACACUUGGAGAUCUCAAAGCACUUUAUGUCCUCAACCUAUCACACAAUGCCAUCUCGGGUUCAAUUCCUCCUAUAUUGGGGAAUUUGCAUGAGAUUGAGUCGCUGGAUCUAUCGGUGAAUUACCUUAAUGGAACCAUACCACCUCAGCUUGCAAAUCUUGAUUUCCUUUCCUUACUAAACCUCUCAAACAAUCGGCUUGUAGGAAACAUUCCGACAAGCGGACAGUUUCUCACAUUUUCCAAGAGUUGUUUUGAAGGAAACCUUGGAUUGUGUGGGCUUCUGCUCAACAUAAGUUGCUCAAUUACCACGAAUGGGACAGAAGUAGUUGGUGACAAUGGCGACGAUGAUGAUAGCGAGAAAAAGUGGUUUUACAUGGGCAUACCGCUUGGGUUCGUCGUUGGCUUCUGGGUUUUUUGUGGUCCAUUAAUGUUUAUGAGAUCAUGGAGGUUUGCUUAUUAUCGAUUUUGGGAUAAAGUGCUAUUCAAAUUCUCAUGA